AGUCGUGUCAGUCUCUUCCUGGGGGCGUGGUCACGGCUCAGCCUCAGUAGUGAGCUCGGAGCUACAGUCUCCUCUGCUACUAUUCACUGAAACCAGCUUAUUUAUCAAUGAAACUACUGCAGAUUCUUAAAUAUCGUUGUGACGUGUUUCAACCAACCAUGGCUCCGCGACACCUUUCACCAGCUCGGAGCGUCCGUCAUCAUGAACUCUGAGAAUGAGAUCCUGUUGAAAGAAUACAUCAAGAUGAUUACUGAUAUGAUCGUGCUGUGCGCCACUUUGGCGCUUUCCCUCUCCUUCUGGCUGCUCUCCGUCACCAUCAGCAGCUACUCCGGAACGCUGCAGCCGGUGUCGCCGUGGCGAUGGUUGUUCUCCAUCUUGGUUCCCCUCAUGCUGGUGGUCAGGGCGCUGAAGAGGAGCAGUCUGAGCUCCUCCGGAGCGCUGGGAGCUCUCUUCGUAGGAUUCGUGUUGACGAUGGCCAACUACAGCUUCUUCGCCUCUCUGCUGGCCUUCUUCAUCACCUCCUCCAAGCUGACCCGCUGGGGAGGAGCACAGAAGAAGAAAAUAGACGCCGAGUACAAAGAAGGGGGGCAGAGGAACUGGAUUCAGGUCUUCUGUAACGGAGGAGUUCCCACAGAGCUGGCACUGCUUUACAUGAUAGAGGUGGGUCCCGGUGAGAUCCCCAUUGACUUCAGUAAACAGUACACGGCCUCCUGGAUGUGUCUCUCUCUGCUGGGAGCGCUGGCCUGCAGCAGCGGGGACACCUGGGCGUCGGAGGUGGGGCCUGUUCUCAGCCAAUCACGGCCCAGACUCAUCACCACCUGGAAGGAAGUCCCAGCAGGAACAAACGGAGGCGUCACUGCUGUCGGACUGGUCGCCAGUUUCCUGGGCGGGCUGGCGGUGGGUGCGGCCUACUACGUCACCCAGCUUCUGAUGGUGGAGGACCUGAACCUGGCCGACCCCCAGUGGCCCAUCAUGGUGUACGGGGGCGUGGCCGGCCUGCUGGGGUCGAUGCUGGACUCUUUCCUCGGAGCUCACAUGCAAUACUCCGGCUUUGACGCGAGCAUCGGGAAGGUGGUGAGUCACGAGUCCGCCACCACCCGACGGAUCUGUGGGAAACCAAUCCUGGACAACAACGCGGUCAACCUGUUCUCCUCCGUCCUCAUCGCACUCAUCCUGCCCGGGCUGGCGUGGGGGAUGUGGCCACGACUGAUCUGAGACCAGCUGCUGAUUAAAAAGACAUUUGAGCAAUCUGCUGGACAUAAAGACAGACAUUCUUUUCAUGUUGGACGCUUAAGAGACUCCAAAUAUGAUGGAGAGGAAAAUUAACACUAAAAGAUGGAAACAUUUGAAAGUGUUUUGAUGCAAUGAUACGACUGACUGCCUAGACAUUCAUUGAAAAUGUUUGUCUCAAUUGAACAGAUUGUAGCUGAUGAACUGAGGAUGUUUAUUGAGGAUGCCACCAGACAUGCAAUCAAUUUGAUCCUCAGUCUGCACAGUAUGAAAUUACAUCUCAUGGAAAGUUAUUGACUGAUUUGUAAAUGAACUGGUCCAUUCUGAAUAAAUGGUGUGUUUGUUUGUCAAA